CUUCCUUUCCCGCUGUGGUUCCGUCGCCCCGUUUCGCCGAGAAGAAGGACGCCCACGGGGCCCGCCUCCCCGCCUUCAGGAUGUCGUACAUGUUACCGCACUUGCACAACGGCUGGCAGGUGGACCAGGCCAUCCUGUCGGAAGAGGACCGAGUCGUGGUCAUCCGCUUCGGGCACGACUGGGACCCCACCUGCAUGAAAAUGGAUGAAGUCUUAUACAGCAUCGCCGAGAAGGUAAAAAACUUUGCUGUUAUUUAUCUUGUGGAUAUCACUGAAGUACCAGACUUCAACAAGAUGUACGAGUUGUAUGAUCCCUGUACUGUCAUGUUUUUCUUCAGGAACAAACACAUCAUGAUUGAUUUGGGUACAGGUAAUAACAACAAGAUCAACUGGGCAAUGGAAGAUAAGCAAGAGAUGAUUGACAUUAUAGAAACUGUUUAUAGAGGAGCCCGCAAAGGUCGAGGUUUAGUGGUAUCGCCAAAAGAUUAUUCCACUAAAUACAGAUACUGACGUUUCUUUGGAGAUGCCUUUUUUUUAACCCUACAUCCACUUAAAUUUAUUCUUGUGUAUGUGUGUACAUAUAUAUGUAUAUAAAAAGAAAAAAAACCUACAAAUCCUU